UUCUCGCACGCAAAGUUCGCGACAAAUCCACCGUUCGCCGACGCCGCUUCCGCCGCCAUGUCCGCUUCUGCUGUCAUCCGGGACUUCGACGACUUCGUCAAGGUCCACGGGAUUCUACUCGCUGCCUCCGGCGUCCCACUGCCGCUCUACCGCCAGCUCUUCCGCAAGCUCUCCAGCGAAACCUUCGACGGCGGCGACUUCUUCUCCAUCGAGCCAUGUGAGGGAGGCCGCCAGCGCCGCCUCCUCCUCUCGGCUGACUUCCUCGGGAAGGAGUCGAACGUUUUCCUUGUCGAUCACGCAUGGUCAUUUCGCCUUUCCGACGCUCUCCAACAGCUGAGGGAGGUUCCCGGAUUAGCUGAGAGAAUGGCAACGUUGAUGUGCGUCGAUCUUGAUCUGAAAUCCAACGAUGAAAAUCCGGAGUCAGAAACCCAAGAGGAGGAGAAGAGUGGAAGCCUGGACAAUGUGUUGGAAAUCUUGUUAAAGGAGAUGGACAAAGUGAAGGAGAGAGGAGUGGAUGCUGCAACUUGGUUGGAGCUGGAGGAGUUGGGCAUCGACGAUGAGAUGCUGAAGUCUCUAGAAUUGUCUACUAAGUUUCCGAAUCUGGUUGCUCUUAAUCUCUGGGGUAACAAACUCGAGGAUGCAGAAACAAUUAUUCAGGAAGUCACAAAAUGCAGAAGGUUAAAGGCAAUCUGGUUGAAUGAUAAUCGUGCUCUGCAAGAUUGUGGUGACAGGAUUUCUAAAUCAAUUCUUGAUGGUAUUCCUGGACUGGAAAUCUACAACUCAUGUUUUACUAGCAAUUUUGGCGAAUGGGCAUUAGGCUUUUGUGGCAGCAUUUUUGGGGCAGAUAAUCCAGGUUGUUUGUCAGAGUGUAGUGGUUCAUUGGCGAGUAUUACCACACUCGAUCUUUCAAAUAGAUGUGUCCGGUGCCUGCCGAAGGCCUUUUCACCAAUCACGUUGCCAUCUCUUUCCCAUUUGAAUAUCCGAGGAAAUCAACUAGACCAGAUUUCUGUUAAUGAUCUUUUACAACUUCUAAAGAGUUUUACUUUGCAAACUUUGGAGGUUGAUAUACCUGGUCCUCUUGGAAACAGUGCGCUACAAAUUCUGGAAUAUCUUCCGAACCUGUCUUUUCUAAAUGGUGUUAGUGCAUCAGUUAUAACUGAAACUGGUAAACAUGUUAUUGAUUCCGCACUCCAACCGCGUUUACCAGAAUGGGCACCUUCAGAAACUCUUCCUGAUAGGGUUAUUGGGGCAAUGUGGUUAUAUUUGAUGACAUAUAGACUUGCUGAUGAAGAAAAGAUUGAUGAAACACCAGUUUGGUAUGUCAUGGAUGAGUUGGGUUCUGCUUUACGUCACAGUGAUGAUGCGAAUUUCAGGGUGGCUCCUUUUCUUUUUAUGCCUGAUGGGAAACUGGCAUCAGCUGUAAGUUUUUCAGUGCUGUGGCCAAUUCAGGAUGUCCAUCAUGGGGAAGAAUGUACUCGUGAUUUCUUGUUUGGUGUCGGAGAGGAUAAACAACGCUCCGCAAGGCUUACAGCUUGGUUUGAUACACCAGAAAAUUAUUUUAUUCAGGAAUUCAAAAAAUACCAGCAGCAGCUUGCAUCAAGAAGUCUUCCUGCUCCUAAAGAGGCCCCUAUAUCUAGAAGUAUUCUUCAACAUGAUGGGCAUACGCUCCAAGUCUAUACUGAUAUACCACACGUAGAAGAGUUUUUGACGCACCCUAAAUUUGUUCUUAUAACAAAUCCAAAGGAUGCUGAUAUUAUCUGGACAAGCAUGCAAGUGGAUCCAGAAGUGAAGAAAGCCCUUGAACUUACUGAUCUUCAUUACACAAACCAAUUCCCUUUCGAAGCUUGCCUUGUCAUGAAACAUCAUUUGGCAGAGACAAUCCUUAAGGCACAGGGGAGACCUGAAUGGCUUCAGCCUACUUAUAACUUAGAAACACAGUUAUCUCAACUCAUUGGUGACUAUUUUGUCCGGAAACAAGAUGCACUUAACAAUUUAUGGAUUCUGAAACCAUGGAACAUGGCAAGAACAAUCGACACAACAGUUACUGAAGAUUUAUCUGCAAUCAUCAGACUUAUGGAGACUGGUCCUAAGAUAUGCCAAAAGUAUAUUGAGCACCCUGCAUUAUUCAAAGGGAGGAAGUUUGAUCUUCGCUACAUCGUAUUGGUUCGCAGUAUGGAUCCUGUACAGAUAUUUCUUUUUGAUGUGUUUUGGGUCAGGCUAGCAAACAAUCCAUACACUCUGGAGAAGAGCAGCCUUUUUGAGUAUGAAACUCACUUCACUGUGAUGAACUACAGGGGAAGACUGAAUCACAUGAAUACACCAGAAUUUGUCAGGGAGUUUGAAGAGGAACAUCAAGUGAACUGGCAAACAAUCCAUCAAGGAAUCCAAGAUAUGAUCCGAUCUGUGUUUGACUCGGCUGCAGCGGUUCAUCCAGAGAUGCAUAAUCCACAAUCGAGGGCCAUGUAUGGGGUGGAUGUCAUGCUUGAUCAUUUAUUCAAGCCAAAACUUCUGGAGGUGACAUAUUGCCCAGACUGUGGCAGAGCAUGCAAGUACGAUACCGAAGCUAUUGUGGGAAAUGGGGGCAUCUUCCGAGGACGUGAUUUCUUCAAUACUGUCUUCGAGUGCCUCUUUCUUGGCGAGACCGCACAUGUAACGCCACUCUAACUUUGCCAUUUUGUUCACCGGCAAAGGAACCAUUUCCAAUUGAGUGUCAUCAAAGUAAGUGAAUGGGUGAAUGAUGUUACAUGAAACUACUUAGUAAAACAUGCAUUUGGCAGAGCUUAGAAUCGAGAAUGAAGUUUUCAUGUUGUACAUGACAGAUCAUGAAUUAGUAACUGCAUCCAAUCUUAGAAAAACUGUCAACGGUUUCAAUCUCCGAAAAAAUUUUAAUUGUUUCAUUU